CAGGUUGGUUGAAGAGGGUAGAGUGAGAGUGGAAAAAAAAAUAUAGAGAGAGAAACUUGAAAGACUUCACAAGUCCACACCAAAAGAAAACAAAAACCCUCAUUGCUUUCUGCCUUGAAGCCUUUAAUUUGUUUUCCACUCAUUGCAUCUCUCCCACUCCCUCAUUUCUUCGUCAAAACCAUUCACUCCGCCCACUAAAUACGCAAUCUUUUCUUCUUCAAUGGAAAUCACUUCAAGGCCUCCCCGUCAAGAAUCCGUCCUGGCCUCCCCCAGAAACGACGGCGGCGGCAUUAGUAGCAGCGCCGGCAAUUGUUCAUCUUCGCUGCCGCUUCUUCAUCAUCAAAUCCCAACCCCACCAUUGACCCCAAAGGCCAUUUCGAGAUCUGAUGCUAGCCCCUACCCAACAACCUUUGUUCAAGCGGACACUUCCACCUUCAAGCAGGUUGUCCAGAUGCUCACCGGCUCCUCGGAGACUGCUAAAAACGCCUCCAAACCCGGCGUUUCAGAUCCGCCGCCGCCGGCCAACAAGGGCUUCGGCAGCAUACCUCCCAAGAAACAAGGCUUCAAGGCUCUCUACGAGCGGAGGAACAGCCUGAAGAACGGGCUGAUGAUCAGCCCUUUGAUCCCCAAUAAUUCCGGAUACUCGCCGCGGAAACCGGAGAUCUUGUCGCCCAGCAUUCUUGAUUUCCCGUCGCUGGCCCUCAGCCCCGUCACGCCGUUGAACGAAGACCCGUUCAACAAGUCCUCGCCGUCCAUGGGGAAUUCCUCCUCCGAAGAAGAGAAAGCCAUCGCCGAGAAGAAGUUCUACUUGCAUCCAUCUCCCAGGACUUCCACUCCCAGAGACUCUGACCCGCCUCAGCUCUUGCCUCUCUUCCCGCUCACCUCGCCGCGACUUUCCAGCUCUUCUUCUUCUUCUUGAUUGUUACCUAAUUACCAUCGUCGUCUUAAUUGGAACUCGAUGUAACAGAGAUAAUCCUGUUUCAAUUAAUUGUAUGUAUAAUUUGACUUCUUCCAUCCAUGAUUUCAAACAGAUUUUAAAAAAACCUCUUCUCAUCUUUCCUUUCA